GCACAGAGAACAGACAAGCAGACACUCAAGGUCACGAACUUGACUGGGACGUUACUGGAGUGGAAAGAGACCAUCUGUGGAUAUUCUGUCUUCAACGUGGAUAUUUUCCAAUGUGCAAUAUGACUUUGGAGGAAACCAGUGGAGAAAACUCUACAGAAAGGUAGCUAGGUUGAGAUUAUUUUUGCAACUUGUUGAAAAUGAAAGCUUCACUUGUCAGCUAAAUUUACUUAAUUUGGCAAGCAAGCUAGUUAGCUGUGUGAUGUGAAGGUCCCGGUAUGCACGAGCGUUUGGCCGAACAUAACUAAGCUAACCUAGUUAGCUAUGAAGUUAGCUAGAUAGGUAGGCAGUUAUAUACUUUCCAUAAUGUUGCAAGAUGACUAAAUAUCGAUACUAUGUUUUUUGGGCCAUGUAUCACCCACCAUCAAUAUGCUUCUUUGUUGUGCAACCUCAGGAUGGAUUCGGUGACUAAAGCACUGGAAGAGGUCCUCAGCUCUGCUUUACCUCAGGGUUGCAUCACUGUCGGAGUAUACGAGGCAGCCAAGUCACUCAAUGUGUAAGUAGCUAGCAAAUGAAGCACAUUCAGCAAUAUUAUAACGUUAUUAGCUAGUAAUAAAUCCAUUCUGAAAUAACCAAGGAGUGAAGUACAUUAUUUUUCAAUCUAUUCUUACGCAAUGAAACUGUAAUAAACAUUCUGGCAACUAAAUUAAUAUAUUCUGCUUGUUUAACCAAUUGUGACGUUAUUUAAAUCAUCAGUGACCCGGAUAAUGUGGUGUUGUGCCUCCUGGCUACGGACGAGGAGCAGGUAGAAGACGUUGCCCUCCAGAUCCACUUCACCCUGAUCCAGGCGUUCUGCUGCGAGAACGACAUCAACAUCCUGCGGGUCAGCAACAUGAGGCGCCUCGCUGAGAUCCUUGGAGGAGUGAAGCCUGGAGGAGAGCCUAUGGACCUGCACUGUGUACUAGUUACUGUACGUGUCAUUACAUUAUUCAUACUCUCCAUAUCCUUGGCAUUUCUACACUAAACAGUGCUAGACUUUUAUAUCGGUUACUCAGCUGGGGUCUCUGCAGGUAUGGCACUUUUAACCUGGACUGAGUUCAUUAUAUGAGCUAGGUUAUUAUAAAUUUUUCGUGGAUGCUAAAGAUUUGCUGGUCAAGAGCUUUGAAUACAGAAUCAUAGGCCUAGAUGCAUACAAAUACUUUAAAUGGCCACAACAUCUGGUCUAGUAGUUUUUAUGUCUUCUUUCAUUGCUCUGCUCUUUUAAGUUUAAUCCAGUUGACUGCAGCCACCUGAUCUGUAGUGUGUCUGUCUGUGUCUGUGAUGUGGGUUGCGUAGUGGUCUGACGUAGCUUACGCUGGCUGCAGUACUGCAAGUGAUCUGACUCCAGUUACUGGGAGUGCGUUCAAAUGGCACCCUAUUCCCUAGGCUGAGUUGGCAGAGCGAUGUGUACUCUAACUGCUCUUCCUGUGGGCCACUAGUAUUUCUUCAAACACACAUUCCAGGAAAUGAAGCUGAGCUCAAAGGAGAAAGAGGAUGAACGAUUGCAUGUUUACAGAGAGAUUCUUAGAAUGCAGAAGUCAGCAUGGAGACAUUUUUAUGCCCUGCUCAUACACUUACUUAGUAGAAAUCUGAUCUAUGAAGCACACUAGCAGGCCAUACAGAUAAUGUAGGAUCUUAAAAUCUUAAGGAUCAGGAAAUGUAAAACUUGUAGUGUAUUUGAGGUUUCAAAAGGCUUCUGACUACAAAAAUGUCCAUUAAUUAUAAUCCACAUAAUACUUCACAUUUCCUGUUGCUGCAGGAUUUUUUUUCCUGCUGUAGCAAACUGGGUCAAAUUAAGAUCUUACACCUGUAGCUCUACUUGUCACUGUAACCAAACCAGUUGCAGAGAACCCUUAUCUGAUUAUGGUUAUUAUAAAUACUUUUUUUGCCCUAUAGUUGAUGGAUACAUUUAGAAAGCAAAGCAGUAGAUGUAUGGUGAUUAACUGUGUGAGCAGUUAUAGCAACCACACUCACUUGCAGAGAACCCUCAGGCCCAACUGAUUAGGGUUGUUGUUACACAUUUAUUAGGUCUGUAUUUUAAUGCAUACGUUUUUAGAAAGCAGCAUUAGCCUAACUGUUUGUGUUUUCCCUUCCUCCUCACAGAACCCCCAGUCGACCACGUGGAAGGACCCAGCUCUGAGCAAAGUGAAUCGCUUCUGUAGAGACAGUCGAAUCCUGGACCAGUGGGUCCCCAUCAUCAACCUACCUGACUGAUGACUCUACCCAUGUUGUGCACUUUAUAUGUUAACACCGCACACUGCACUAGAUCUGUGUAAUAACCCCUUUGUUGGACCUCUCGUGAACAGCCUUGAUUCAACAGAGGGAAAGAGAUGGCGGGGGAAGGAGGACAAGGAAAUCUCCAACAAAAGAACAAGACAAUCUCCAACUCCAACAAAACUUGCUGGAUCAGUGUGGAUAUUAUGCCGAGGUUUCGGCUGAGGAAGAGUGACUCAGCGUUCUGGGUUCCAAGACUGCCAAGGUAACAAUGAUGACUGUAAUUACAAGGCAACAGUUGGUCAUUGGUAUGACUGUGCCCUCGUUGCCCUGGCGUUGCCGGGAAGAAAGCCAUUACAGGAAGCUGAAUCAUGUGAGCACACACAGCAGAACAGACUAGACACAAGUAGUGGUGAGCAGAGCGGAGAACACCAGGCAGCAGGGCAUUGGAAUCUCCUGGAGGAUCAUAUGACUGACUCCAAGGACUGGACCAGAGUCAAGGACCGGACUUCAUUUAACCGGACUGGAUUUUACUGAACUGGACCAGAGUAGUCUGGACUAGUCUGGGACUACAGGUUGGAUAAUGGCUCAAGGAAAGUGGACCAAAUUCCCAUGUUGAUAUACUCUGGGGGAAAAAUAAAUCACAACUGUAAUUUAUAUGAUGUUGAUAAUCUCUGAAUUGUUAUUUUGAGAAUUAUUUAAAUAAAAAAAGGGACGAUAUUGUCAGGACAAAGCAAUGUAUUGACUUAAACAUUAACUUGUUGUUUUGUUUUAAUUAAUAUGUUUGCAUUAAUUUAAUGAAUUGUAUUUAUGUUGCAAUGUUCAUCAACAGCUACCUUUGUAGAGAAAUAAACUGAACUGAACUAAACA